UAUGAAUCUAAAGACCAAACGAAAAUGCUGGGAGGAGGUGGUCGAGAAAAUAAAUGCCAACAGCUCUGUAAAGAGAGACUGGGUGGAAAUAAAGAAAAAGUGGACUGACAUGAAAAGCCAGACAAGGAAGCGGGCAGCUCACUGUAGGCGGGAGAGAGUGAAGACAGGAGGAGGGCAGGCUUCUGUGUUGGAGCUGAAUAGUCUGGAGGAAAUGGUGGCGUCUCUUAUUCCAAAUUGCCAGCUCGAAGGCUGUUAGGGAGGCCUGGAGAGUGAAGAGUAAGUUCAUGUUGCAGUAAUUCAGUAUAGCAGUAAGUUAUAAUUAUAUGAAAUUUAAACAGUAUAAGACUCAACAUAGAAAGAUAUGAUAGAAAUCUAUUGUAACCACUUUUAACAUUUAUAAAUGAAAUGGAACUGUCCUAUGAAAAAAAUAACAUGCAACAUCUACAAUAUAAAAGGGAUUUGAAAAUGACUUUGCUUAAGUACUAACAUUACCAACAUUAGAUGUUAACAAUAUCUCCGUUAUUGUUUUUGCAGGUGUGACUCUAUCAGAGGGC